CAUGCACAUGUCGCAGUUCCCGUUCAUUAAUGAGCCAUGUGCCAUGGACGUCAUUUUGCCAUGUGGGAUGGAUCAUCAUCAUCAUCAUCAUUACCACCACCGGGUCAUCUGCAAAAAAGGACUAUAUAUAGAGUGAGAGGGAUUGCGUGGAGAUCCUUUACAACUGCACAUCAAUCCACAUCUUUCACAUCCUACACUCAUAAACUCAUCACAAUGGCACAAGAAGCAAACAAGGUCGAGACCUACUUCUCCGGUGGACCCGGUACAACAGGCCGAGAGCCAUUCGAGGACUCUACGGGUGCUGGUGCUGUCCCUAUUGGUCAGACUGCCUCUGGAGCAGUCCCAGGAGAGCUGGGCGCACACGGUACAGAGCACCACCAUCAUUCCCAUCAUCACCACCACCACCAACACCGUGAGCAUGAGGAUGAUCAUCCUCACGAGCACGGCGCAACGAGUGGCGCUCACCAAGUGACUGGCGAUCAUGGCAACCGUGUCGGUGCGCUAAGUCAAGAAGCUCACAAGUACGAAGGAGACAACGCUGGACCUGUGACUGGAGGAGCACCUGGAACGGACCGAUUCGACACAACGACAUCCAGUGGAGCCCAACACCCAGGAUACGAGCCACACGAGGCGACAGAAAGGGCGGAAGGGAAAAGCAAGGGAGGUAUCGCUGGCGUGCUCGGAACUUCCGACAAGGACUUUACAGGUCGAGAUCGUCUUGGAAAGGGAGCUUAUGAGGACGAACAAGCGCACUAUCAAAGCAACACCUCCGGUCCCAGCGGACAUUCUGCAUUGACCGGUCGAGAAGGGGAUAUCAGCAACAAUCCCGUCGCUCAGGCUAAAGGGCUGGAUCGGGAUGCCCACGCGGCUGAGGAGGGACAGGAGAAGAAGAGCAUUGUAGACAAGGUCAAGGAUGUGCUGAAGUAGUCAGGCAUAGGUCGAGGUGGUGGUGAUGGUCCAUUGUAGCCGUAUACACGUCAUAACGAGGAGCUCGAUGCAACGAAUGCAAACCGGCAAUUGAAGGC